AUGUCCGAGCAGAACUACCACGUUACUCGCGAGAGCUUGCGCCAGGCCGAGUCCCGCGCUACCAAACAAAAUGGCGGAGCCAAUCCUUCCGACUCUGAAGUCUCCCAGAUGAAAUCCAUUAUCGAUCAAAAUACCAACAAGUCAAAACAAAUUGACAACACGAAGGCCAACCUUCCUUUGCCGGAAGAUCCCCCAGUUGCUAGCGACUGGAACUCGGCUGAUCAGCGAACUGUCAAUGUGGGCUCUGGUGGUAUCGAGGGACCCAUCUCUGGUGAUGGUGAUAGUGCUCUUCGAGGACCUUCGACAGCUGAAAGCAGUGUCCGUGUGAAUGGUGAUGAAUUGCACAAAAAUACUGCGCCUCUUAAAAAUGUCGGUCGACAGGCUGUUGAGGGUUUGGACGGCCUCCCUUCGGAUGCCUUAGCCCGAUAA